AUGGAAACCGCAGAGCCGCCCUACGACUUCCAUGCUCACCCCGUGGGUGCUUUUGUUCGUCGUCCCAUGGACACGCCCCUAUUCCCAUACUACUCACAUCCCCAUCCUGCACCUUACUCGCUGCCAUAUCAGGCACCAACGUCCGCUGCGUACAGUUAUGCUUCUUUAACCCAACCCCCGCCGUACCACUAUCUCGUGAGCCAGCCGCUGAGCACUCCGCCGCGCUUGGUGCCCGAGCAGCCAUCUCUUCCCGACAUUCGCCCAGCCAAAAAUGCCAUCAGCCAGGUGGUGAAGACCGAGCAUGCGGCGAGGCCUUGCGUAGGAGGUCAAGCGUUGUCCAUGAGCGCCGAAGACACGAAACAGGCGAUCGAGACCGAGUUCUCUACAGGAGUGGACGUCUUGAUGAAGGCUAUUCAGGCCCGUCCAGACUCAUCCCCGGUCCCGCAGUCGCUGCCUCCCCUCCAGCAUCUUACGCCUCCAGGAUAUCCUAGCUAUCCAAUGAGUCCUCCCCGCCGUAUGAUAAGUAGCGAAGGGCAGCUGUCUCGAUCUGGCAAGAAGCGCAAGUAUACUUGUCAUGUACAAGAUUGUGGCAAGAGCUUUGCUCAAAAGACCCACUUGGACAUCCAUACACGAGCGCAUACAGGAGAUAAGCCCUUUAAGGAUCAGAUCUGCAAGGAGCCCGAGUGUGGGCAGCGCUUCUCGCAGCUAGGCAACCUGAAGACUCACCAACGCCGUCAUACGGGUGAAAAACCUUUCUCUUGUGACAUCUGCCACAAGCGCUUCGCUCAACGCGGCAAUGUUCGUGCCCACCAGAACACCCACAUGGACAAGAAGCCCUUCAUCUGUCGCCUGGAUGAUUGUGGCAAGAAGUUCACCCAGCUAGGAAAUCUAAAGUCACACCAGAAUAAGUUCCACGCGGGGACCCUCGGAAUAUUAACGCAACGCUUCUCCCAAGAGACUGGACCAGCCAACUUACAAGAACAAGAACUGUGGGAAUACUUCGCCAAUCUAUACAAGAAUAGCAACAAGGGCAUUAAGGGACGAGGCAAGGACCGGCGUAUCGCUGCUACAAAGCGGCCUGCUUCAGUAGGCGACCACAUGCAGCGGAUGGCUUCCCUAGAAUCAGAGGAUGAUAUGCACUCGCGUCGAGGCAGCUACGAGGACAGUGUUUCGAUGUACACGGCCGGAUCCAGCAGUGACGGGGACGAUCCAGGUCCGUACUAUAUGGACCGACGAGGGCCAUAA